CAGAAUAACUCGAGAGCAGUUCUUGGAUCACUUACCUCCUUUCUCUAGCUCUUCAGUUCCCCUUCUAGCUUUCAUCGCAUAGCUCUUAGCGUUGAAUCAACGUCCUAUCUCCACAGAUCGGGGAGAGCAGAUUCUAUCUCAGGCCUUCCUUACUGGAUCUUGGGCGGUAGACUGUAACCAAGCGCCAUGUAUUCCCAAACAGGUUCCGCUUCUUGUUCGCGUGUCCCGAUCGGAGUCGUUGUCAAGAGUAACGGAUGACAAAACCGUCGAUUAUCUCCCGCCUGUUCCUCAGCUAUUCUCGUGUUUCUUCGUUUCCUCACCCUUUUGUCGAGAUGCAUUUGACCGUCCACCCAUGCCCCUUUUCGUACGUAGGCAGUUCGCUUCGCACGCUGUUACAUAGGGUAUUAAAACCGCUGGUUUUAGGACCCUUCUAAUCUCAUCUAGACUCGUUUUGGGUGAACGCUAUGGGGGUUUGGGUUGGGAAAGCAGGUUCGGCAAUAUGCCAGGAGGUGUGGGUGGUGGUGCGGGAGGCAUGUCCGGCUUCGGGGGAGGUUUGGGUGGUGCGGCAGCUUCGGGCGGUGUUGGUUCAGGCGGUUUCGGUCAGGGUGGUGCUGGUGGUGGUCUGCCUUCGGGAGGUGCUGGUCCGGGUGCUACUGGGGGCGGUGCUCCUGGGACGGGUGGUCCUCCGGGUGUUGGUGGCGCGGGUUCGAUUCCCGCUGGCGGCGUUGGCGCGGCCGCGGGUUUCCCUGCGGGCGCGCAAGGCAUGGGCGGAAUGGGCGCAGCGGACGCGGCUGCGCUUGCCAACAUGAACCUCAUGAUGAUGGCGGGGAUGGGGGGAAUGGGCGCAAUGGGGGGAAUGGGGGGAAUGGGGGGAAUGGGCGCAAUGGGCGGCAUGCCAGGACUGGGGGGGAUGGGGGGAAUGGCGGGGAUGGGAAGCAUGGGCGGAAUGGGGGGGAUGGGAAUGGGCGGAAUGGGGGGCCCGGGGGGGGCGAUGAUGGGCGCGGGCGGGAUGGGGAUGAUGGGCGGGGGACCGGGGGCUGGGAUGGGGGGCGCGGGGAUGGGCGGAAGGGCAGGUGCGCGGCAGAUCCCCGUGGUGAAGCUGCGCGGGCUGCCGUUCCGCGUGGAGGAGGCGGACGUGGCGGAGUUCUUCGCGGGGCUGGAGGUGGUGGACGUGCUCUUCGUGCGCAAGGAGCAACGGCUGGUGGGGGAAGCCUAUGUCCUAUUCGGCUCGACCCUGCACUCGGAACUGGCGUUACAGCGCAACAAGAUGCACAUGGGGCGGCGGUACAUCGAGGUGUUCCGCGCCAAGAAGGCGGAGUACUACAACGCCAUAGCUAAUGAGGUGGCGCAAGAUGGCGGGUCGUACCAAGGCCAUGGGGGACAAGGGGGGGGAGGCGGGCGAGGGGGCGAGGGGGGGAUAGGGCCAGCCGCUCGGGAUUCAAGCAUAGUGAAGAUGAGAGGACUGCCGUUCUCAGCCACUACCAAGGACAUUCUUGAGUUCUUCGGAGAGUACCCCCUGGCAGAUGCAGCCAUCCACAUCAUCACCAACUCCAUCGGGCGCCUCACCGGGGAGGCCUUUGUGGAGUUUGGGUCGGUGGAGGAGGCUCGGGCGGCGCUGGGGAAGGAUCGGGAGCGCAUGGGCACGAGGUACAUCGAGCUGUACCUGUCGUCGAGGGAUGACGCAACGAGAAUCGCCACCCGGGCGAGCACGCAGAGAUAGGGGGGAGGCAGUGGGAGAGGGGGGGGGGGGGGGAGGGGGGAGAGAGGGGGAAGGAGAAAGGGGGAUUUGUGGGGAGAAGAGGGGGUCUGUAUGGGGAGAAGGGCGGCGCUGGGCAUGGACUUCUGGGAGCGCAUGGGGACGAGGUGCAUUGAUCUGUACCACCGCUCCCUAUCUGGGCUAAGGAACGGGCGCACAUGGGCACUGAAAGAAUUACAGGCACGAGGUACACUCAGCUUGAUUUUCCUUGGAGGGAUGAUGCGACGAGGACUGGCACUAGGGCGAGCACGCAGAGAUAAGGGGGAAAGCACAGUUCCCUGUGUGGUAGGAAGUAUGGGUGGUGUAGGCUGGCCUAAUGAGCUGUGUAGGUAAAGUAUGAAUGGUAGCUAGUAGCUACUCUUAUAUUGAUGGCUUAUAGAUUGUCAGCUUCAGAUCAGACACCGCAUGCAACACCUAAGAACCUACGUAGAAGGGAAACAACUAGGCAUCCCUGCCACACCACCCGC